GGCGCCCGGUGACCGGGGCGGCAGCGGCGGGGCUGGCGGCGCCCCUCGCCUCGCCCCGACGUCCGCCCCGCAGCGACGGAGAGGAGGGCCGAGCCUUAAGACCUUUCUGGUGGAAUACCUCUUUUGCUUCUACGUUCACGUUGGAAUGGCCUAGGCCAGUCUGUUGCUGUACGGUUCCUGCUACAGGUGCUCUGCAGCAAUGGGUCAGGAUUUUGCCACCAGUGCUGCUGGACCAUCCAGAUGGCUGUAAACCUGCAGAGGAGAUAUAGAACGUUGUCUCUCAAACUGGAUUAAAAAAGCCCUGUUGAUAUUUUUAUUUAUACUUUUUUAUUUUUGUAUUUGACUUAAAGUGCCAUGAAAAAAUUUGCAUAUUGCAAGGUGGUCCUUGCCACCUCUUUGGUUUGGGUCCUUCUGGAUAUGUUUCUAUUGCUGUACUUCAGUGAAUGCAAUAAAUGUGACGAGAAAAAGGAACGAGGCCUGCCAGCUGGAGAUGUUCCAGAACCCAUGCAAAAACCACAUGAAGGACCUGGAGAGAUGGGGAAGCCUGUGGUCAUUCCAAAAGAGGAGCAAGAGAAAAUGAAAGAAAUGUUUAAAAUAAAUCAAUUUAAUUUAAUGGCAAGUGAAAUGAUUGCACUCAACAGAUCUUUACCUGAUGUCAGGUUAGAAGGGUGUAAGACGAAGGUGUACGCAGACAACCUUCCCACGACGAGCGUGGUGAUCGUGUUCCACAACGAGGCGUGGAGCACGCUGCUGCGCACGGUGCACAGCGUCAUCAACCGCUCCCCGCGGCACAUGCUCGAGGAGAUCGUGCUCGUCGACGACGCCAGCGAGAGAGACUUCUUGAAAAGACCACUGGAGAGUUAUGUGAAAAAAUUAAAAGUACCUGUUCAUGUGAUUCGAAUGGAACAGCGUUCUGGAUUGAUCAGAGCAAGAUUAAAGGGGGCUGCUGCUUCUAAAGGCCAGGUCAUCACCUUCCUAGAUGCUCAUUGUGAAUGUACAGUAGGCUGGCUUGAACCUCUGCUGGCAAGGAUCAAAGCUGACAGGAGGACAGUAGUGUGUCCCAUCAUUGAUGUAAUCAGUGAUGACACCUUCGAAUAUAUGGCAGGUUCUGACAUGACCUAUGGUGGAUUCAACUGGAAGCUGAAUUUUCGUUGGUACCCUGUUCCUCAGAGAGAGAUGGACCGACGGAAAGGAGACCGAACCCUCCCUGUUAGGACACCUACAAUGGCAGGAGGCCUUUUUUCAAUAGACAGAGAUUACUUUCAGGAAAUUGGAACAUAUGAUGCUGGAAUGGAUAUUUGGGGUGGAGAAAACUUAGAAAUUUCCUUCAGGAUCUGGCAGUGUGGUGGCACUUUGGAAAUUGUAACUUGUUCACAUGUUGGGCACGUGUUCAGGAAAGCAACACCAUACACUUUCCCAGGAGGUACAGGGCAGAUAAUCAACAAAAAUAACAGGCGGCUCGCAGAAGUCUGGAUGGAUGAAUUCAAAAACUUUUUCUACAUUAUUUCCCCAGGAGUUACUAAAGUUGAUUAUGGGGACAUAUCGUCACGACUUGGGCUGAGGCGCAAGCUCCAGUGCAAGCCUUUCUCCUGGUACCUGGAGAAUGUUUAUCCUGAUUCCCAAAUCCCACGCCAUUACUUUUCUCUGGGAGAGAUAAGAAACGUGGAGACAAAUCAAUGUCUGGAUAACAUGGCAAGAAAAGAAAAUGAGAAAGUUGGAAUCUUUAACUGCCAUGGAAUGGGUGGCAAUCAGGUUUUCUCAUAUACUGCCAACAAAGAAAUUCGAACAGAUGAUUUGUGUUUAGAUGUAUCCAAACUUAACGGCCCAGUCACAAUGCUCAAGUGCCACCAUCUAAAAGGAAACCAGCUUUGGGAAUAUGAUCCAGUGAAACUAACCCUGUUGCAUGUGAACAGUAACCAGUGCCUGGACAAAGCCACGGAAGAGGACAGCCAGGUACCCAGCAUCAGAGACUGCACCGGCAGCCGCUCGCAGCAGUGGCUGCUCCGCAACGUCACCCUUCCAGAAAUAUUCUGAGAGGUUCUAGAGAAGAGCAAGGAUUGACUGGGCUACCUCGGCUGAUACUUUGGCUACGCUGUCAAGUAGCAACAGGAGAAACUUCUGCUCGGCAGAAUCCACAGCUCCUCAGCUGUUAGAACUCCUGCAGCUUCUCAGUAUCUGUGAACCAGCCUUCCUGUAUAAGGAUGUGAAACUACCACACAUAGCAGUGAAACUGUGCCCACUGAUGUUUACAAGAUCGAAAGAGUUUCUUCCAGCAAAUAAUUUAGAGAACAUUUGGACAGUGGAAACAUAAUCAAUGAAAUAGUCUCUCUGAAGAGCUGCAUAUCGUUUUAGUUUGCUUGCACAUCAGUAACCUCUGCUGAAAGUGCUGUUGUAAUGAAGAAAGUUUCAAGAAUUCUUUUUUUCCUGGUUAGCAGUGGUAACCAGACUACUAAGUAUAGAUCCACAAAUAAAUGAAAGAGAGAGCUGCAAACCAGAUUCAGUAUCAUGACAUAAGAAUUCUGUGGUUUAAAAGCAAAAAGUAAACAGGGUUUAAUGAAGCUAAAUCAGAACUAUGAAAAGUACAAUUUGUUAUAGUGAAGUAUCAAAUUUAUAUGUAGAUUUUAUACCUCAGUGGGGGAAAAUAACCAAGUCAAAAGGCAAUUGUUUCUCUUUUUCAAUUGUGUGAUAGUCCAUAAAUACUUUUUUUUUGUCCUGGUGAGUCUAAAAUUAUUUCGGGCGCAAACAAAAUUAGCAUAAGAAUAAAUUGAGCUCUUGAAUGUCAGAUCCACUUUCCUUUUAAUUUUAAUUUCUUGGCUGUUGGAAUUGUAUCUUUUUAUUACUGUCUGAAAACUGGAGGUUAACAUGCUGUCUAACUCUUUUUUUUUUCCAGACCUGACAUUUCAAUUUAUACUUGGGUCAGUCAGCUUAUGGACUUUCAUGGCCAAACAAAAGAUUUAAGUACACUUUGAGAUUAAGUUAACUUCAGUAUGCUUUAGCGCCCAAGACUUCUACUACUGUACUACAGUUUUGUUUUCAUAGCAAUAAAUCUUUUGUUCCUCGUUUGAUUUCAGUCAUCAGAAAGCCAGAAGAUACAUGAUUUGGGUAGAAGAUUGGCAAAACUGAAGGUUUUCUGGAAUCCUUUUUCACUUCAUAUUCAGAUGUGCUUCAUUGUCAAGUGCAUAUUUAGAUUAGACUCUGAAUUGUAAUGUUGAUCUGCUGCUUUUUUCUAAUAAAACCUAAAGAAAAA